AAUGAUGACGUGUUCGUUGUGUAUUACGUGUUGGAAACACAUUUGACACGUCGCCUGCUAUUCUGCAUUAUACCGCCAGCUUGCGUUCGAAUCGCCUGAACACAAGCACCGUUAUUAGCACCAAGAUAUUUGGCACGUUAGCUAAGUCUACGACGGUUCUUGAAUAGGUCUUCCUGAAAUCUCUCAAAUUGUCAGUGAUAAGAACAGUUGCACAAUGCCUGCUGCACCCAGUGCUACCUCUGUAGGUUCUGUUGGACGGUCACCUAGUAAAGCUAUAGCACCUAGAACAGGUGGCAGUGGCACUGUCAGACAGAGGAAAACCACUGUAACUUCCUCUGCCCGGAACAGGAAUACUGGCACAAGUUCCGGUGGCAUGUGGAGGUUCUAUACCGAUGAUUCCCCUGGCAUUAAAGUAGGUCCAGUGCCAGUAUUGGUUAUGUCGCUUCUGUUUAUUGCAUCUGUGUUCAUGCUUCACAUCUGGGGCAAGUACACAAGAAACUAGAUUUAAGUAAAUCUGUGGAAUUUGGACUUGUAGAUAGGAAGCAGUGAAUGAUGUUGCAAAUGGCAUCUUCCUGAAAUUACAAAAUGGCAUUUUAAAAAGAUCAAUAUCAGGUGGUUUUUAAUAUAUAAUGUUAUCGAUAAUGCAUCAUUGAAGAAAAAUCUAUGAAAUACAUUGCAAUGCUGACAUCGUUAUAUGGUAAAUUGAAAUGUAUUCAUAUUGAAGAAUAAGAGAAAAUGUGUUUUUUUAAUAAUUUCAUCGGUUAUGCAUAUUGUGAGAAAGCGUGAGAGAUUACUCAAUUUGCAUUUGUAAUAUUAAGGGUAUAACAAUAUAUGAUAUUGAAAUAAAUGUAAGUUAUUUUUACCCUAA